UCCGCAGGGAGUGGUAAGAUGGCCGCUCCUCGGCUGGUACUUUUUGGUCCUCGCUGCGCGCCUUAGUGACAGGAGAGUGGAAUGGCGUCGGUGGACCCUCAGGCUCGGUUCGGUCAGUCCGUCAAAGGGCUGCUGUCCGACAAAGUAGGCGCGUGCAGCGGUGACGUCAUGGUUCUGACUCGACAGGUGCUAAAGACUUCCCGCGCUCAGGAGCUUCUUGGCCAAGCAGCCAGAAACAUGGUCAUUCAGGAAGAUGCCAUCCUGCACUCUGAAGAUAGCCUGAGAAAAAUGUCAAUUAUCACGACACACCUGCAGUAUCAGCAGGAAGCGAUCCAGAAGAAUGUGGAACAUUCUAAAAAUCUCCAUGACCAGCUGCGUCACCUUCUGAAAUAAAAGGCGUACCAGAUUCCACCAAAUGCACAUGGGAUCUGGACCUGCUGGGGACCGUCUACAGGCCUGCAUGAUGUUUUCUGUUGGACUCGGAAGGGACCUCUCGGGGGUUCAGUGUCUCCA